UUCAAGUCCAGAUGUGGUCGUCUGUCGAACCAAUACCUGCUGCUUAUUUGAUACUUCGUCAUUCAUAGAUUGCUACACUGGCCUGGCCUAGCUUGGGGAUAUUGUCUGGAUGAGGUUUUCAAUCACCGACUACAUCAAUCGAUCCUUCUCAUUUGAUUGCCCAUUUGUCGUACGAACAAAAAUACGGUUGUCGCAUCAAAGUACUAUUAUCUUGAGGCGGAUUGCGCCAGGUAAUUCUGUGGCCUCCAACGAUCGGUUCUCCUCGCUGCUAAAUAGAUGUGGCCAAGAUGGACAACUUCUUCGGCAACCAGCUCUCCCAAGAGGAGCUGCAGCGCCGCCAUGCCCAGCAACGUAACCAAAGACGCCAAGCUACGGCGCUGAAUCAGCCAGCCCAGCAGCCCCAAUACUGUCCUGUCACUGCUGCAAACCCGGAUACCUCCAUGGUAGGCGCCGAUUCUCUCGACGAUAUCAUCCGCAGCAAUUCCCAAGAACUCCAAAGACGACGGAGUUUGCCGCAGCAAUUUCCAACCCAGAUAUCACAGGCUGACACCGAUCGGAGAAUGUCCAUGAUGGAGUUUGGCGGUAACGACCCCUCCUUUAGGGACUACCAAUUCGGAGUCAUGCCAAACUCGUCGGCUAAUGCUAUGAACGGCGGCUUCCCCAGUCUCAAUACCAAUAUUACCUUACCGGGCACUUCAGCCGGCUUCUCUUCCCCGACUAUGCUUGCCGAUGAAUUUUCUGCGCUCUCUCCAGACAUGGUUGGCAAUAUGAUUGCCUUCUCUAAUAUGAACAUGGGCCAGAUGGGCUCCGAUCCUUCCAUGAGCAUGUUCACGUCGGCGACUACGAUGACUACCGCAUUUCCAUCGAAUUCCAUGGAUGGCCUAUCAGCUGAAUUCAGUAUGGACUUGUCGAGCGAGAACACCGCUAUGGGUGCUGUCCCGCAUAACGCCAGUGCUGGUAUACCAGUAGAUGCUGGCGAUGAUAGCAUGAUGCACACCUCUCCACAAUUCUCUCCGUCUCACCAGCAUGGCCAGCCCACGAACCUUGGCUUGGAUACUUCCAUGAACGGCUUCCAACCUAGUAUUUCUCCCCAGUCUUCUUCCCAGGUCCCACCCCAGACCCUCGUAUCAUCUACGCCGUCGUACGAGUCCCCUAUGGGCACUACGACUGAGACAACACCAGAGAGUGCUGCGCCGUCUCAGCCAGUCGUCUCGGCCAACCCUGUCAUGGCUACUCAGCCUGUGAAAGAGAAGACCAUCUACUCCAAAAGCGGUUUUGAUAUGUUAAGGGCCCUUUGGCUCGUGGCUACGCGUAAAAGCCCGCAAGUCAACCUCGGUGCAGUCGAUAUGUCGUGUGCUUUCGUUGUCUGCGAUGUUACGAUGAAUGACUGCCCCAUCAUAUACGUCUCGGACAAUUUUCAAAACCUGACGGGCUAUAGCCGGCAUGAGAUUGUUGGUCAGAAUUGCCGUUUUCUCCAGGCGCCGGACGGCAAGGUGGAAGCCGGCACGAAACGUGAGUUCGUUGACAACGGGGCAGUUUACAAUUUGAAGCAGAAGAUCGCGGAAGGGAAGGAAGUACAGCAGAGCUUGAUUAACUAUCGAAAAGGUGGUAAACCCUUUUUGAACCUAUUGACUAUGAUCCCUAUCCCGUGGGAUACCUCUGAGAUUAGAUAUAUCAUUGGGUUUCAGAUUGACCUCGUUGAAUGUCCGGAUGCUAUCGCCUCCCACCAAGGACCGGGUACUAUGAAGGUCAAUUAUAAGCAUAGCGAUAUUGGCCAGUACAUCUGGACCCCGCCAGCGUCAAGCCAAUGGGAACCAGAGAAUGGACAAACUCUAGGAGUCGACGACGUAUCUACUCUACUCCAACAAUUUAAUCCCAAGGGAUCUGUUUCUGAUUGGCAUCGGCAGUCAUGGGACAAGAUGCUCCUUGAGAAUGCCGAUGACGUCGUCCACGUCCUGUCAUUGAAAGGACUUUUCCUUUACUUAUCGCCAUCCUGCAAGCGUGUACUUGAAUACGACGCUACCGAACUUGUCGGAAAUUCUAUUUCAUCCAUCUCCCACCCUUCCGACAUUGUUCCCGUUACCCGAGAGCUCAAAGAUGCUACUAAUGGGAGUUCGGUGAACAUCGUGUUCCGCAUACGGAGGAAGCAAAAUGGAUAUACUUGGUUUGAAAGUCACGGUUCGCUGUUUGUUGAGCAGGGGAAGGGUCGAAAGUGUAUUAUCCUUGUUGGUCGGAAGCGUCCGGUUUUUGCUCUCAGUCGACGUGAGCUGGAGGCUAACGGCGGCAUCGGCGACAGUGAGUUAUGGACAAAACUCUCUACUUCCGGCAUGUUUCUGUUCGUCUCCGCCAAUGUUCGGUCUCUGCUGGAUCUGCAGCCGGAAAAUCUCGUGGGCACCAGCAUUCAGGAGUUGAUGCGCAAAGAAUCCCGUGCCGAGUUUGGCCGUUCUAUUGAGAAAGCGAGGAGAGGACGCAUAGUUACCUGUAAGCAUGAGGUACAAAAUCGCCGAGGUCAAGUCCUUCAAGCCCAUACCGUUAUGUAUCCGGGUGAUGCCUCAGAAGGACAGAAACCAACUUUCUUGCUUGCCCAGACGAAGUUGGUCAAGGCAUCUUCACGAGCGACGGGACCGGCUGUAUCUGCACUAUCUAAUAGGCAGGGUUCCACGGGCCACUCAUCCGCUGACCCCAAGACGAUGUCUACUUUCACCGUGCUGCAAGGUGGCCCUAUACCAGACGAACAGCGUCAUGGUGUCCUGUCCGCAGCCGCAGGUGGCGGUAUGGCUCCUGGUAAUCAGGACAGGGCUCUUGCCUCGGACGAUAAUAUUUUCGACGAACUCAAGACGACCAGAUGUACCAGUUGGCAGUAUGAACUGCGGCAGAUGGAGAAAGUAAACCGAGUUUUGGCCGAGGAGCUGCAUGGGCUCUUGUCCAACAAGAAAAAGCGCAAGCGUAGAAAGGGGGUUGGAAAUUUUGUCCGAGACUGUGCCAAUUGUCAUACUCGCAACACACCUGAAUGGCGGAGAGGCCCGAGUGGGCAAAGGGACCUAUGUAACAGCUGCGGCCUUAGGUGGGCAAAGCAGACGGGCAGGGUCUCUCCACGAAAUUCUUCCCGUGGGGGUAACGGCGAUGCGGCAAGUAAGAAAUCCAACUCGCCCGUCCAUUCGUCUCCUUUACAGCGAGAGAUGCCCAGCAGCGAGAUUACCGAGCAGCCUUCCGAGGCAGAUAUGAACACGGCGUUGAAUAGACCGUCUGGUCCUAACAUGAUUCCCGGUACCAGUAGCACGACACCAACAGGCUCUAGGCCUUUUUCGAUGCCUCCCCCAAGUCAACCCCUACUUGGCACGGGUGCCAUUAGUAGCGAAAUGACAGCUAUCCAGGAAGAACGGGAGGUGAGCAUGUAGAAUGCAUGCUUUUGUUAGUGUCAUUUUGCCGUGGUUAUCUUCAUUCCCCUUUUUCGAUUACAAUUAUAAUUGUGCAGAGAUACCAUAUCCCGCUUCCCAUCCCCUCGAAUUUAUCUUUCACUUUAGUUCUCCUGUGGCACAACUUCAUGCAGCUGUUCAAUAGACGGAUAUCAAGGCUUUUACACGAGAUACCUACCCUCAAUGGGCCAUCAUUGAGGAGACUGGAUGCAUAUACGCGGCGUCGGUUCUUUUAUAUGAUUGGGCGUUGUUUGCUUCGUUCUUCUAGCUUUCGGGGGGUCCCGUGUUCCGUCAGUCUAUCAGGCCUGACAA